ACGCGAUAUAGAGCAAUCUGCAGUCAUGGACUAUGUUUGGUGCCCUUUCAAUUCUGAACAUAAAGUUCGUGGCACAGAACUUAGGAUGCACAUGACAACAUGCCAGAGCAUGCCUGUAGAGAAGCCAGCUGAACCACACUUACCGGUACCUAAAAAGAGGACAAACUGGAAUACUAUGCUGCCAAACCCAACAAGGAAUGUUGAGGUGGAAACCAGAUUUUAUGCUUCACAAGAUCCAGAGAAGCUUCUGCAGUGCCCAUAUGAUACAAAUCACCAGAUCAGAGCCUGUCGUUUCCCAUAUCAUUUGAUAAAGUGCAAGAAAAAUCACACUGAUAUUGCAAUGCAGCUUGCAACCUGUCCCUUCAAUGCUCGUCACCUGGUUCCCAGGGCUGAACUCAGUCGCCACAUCUUAAGCUGUGAUGAUAGAAGCUGCAUUGAACAAGAUAUUGCUGGUGAAAAGAGUUAUUACCAAAGAGAUGCAAGUCCCUGCACCUGGAAAACCCCACCAUGUGAGGAAGAUUGGGACAAAGAUCUGCAGAAUAAUAAAGCAACAUUUAUGUGGGGCAUUCCUUCUUACCCUGUACCUAGCACUUCUGGGACAAACAUCGUAAUGGAUGCUAAGAAUAACCUUGGUUCAAGCCUACGUGCUCCUAAAUCGCUGCCUUACAUUUUGCCUUGGAAGAUGCAUACAAAGAGAGACUGAUUUAAUGCAGUUAAUGUCCAAAUCUAAGAAGAAAGUUUACGGUUCUGUCCUGUGUUUGUGUUAACUGUUAAGAGUUCAGAUUGAUGACCCAACUGUGAGCUGGGGAGAAAUAUCUGGUUUAUAAUAAUUGUCAGUAGAUGAGUUGGUAAAUUCUUCUACUCCUGGAAAUAAAGAUGCAAAUAUUCAUGUUUUGAGUGAGAAACUUGUAAAAUACACACAGCUUUCAACUAUCUGUAACAACAAACACAACUGUGCAAUGGAAACCUGUUUCUUGUAAGUCCAGUGGCAUCUGUAGCCAUUUAAUUUUGUGUGUAUGAUUGGACCGGAUCGCUUAAAGGUCACCAUUUGCUAGAAAUGAGUUUUCCUGCAGUCCAGAUGGGGGAAUAA